AAAAUUGGCAAAUGUCAUAAUCAUUGAUUUUUGUGUGGAGUUUGUUUUGAAUUUUCAUGUUGAACUUGUGAUGAGUUGAAUUUAAAUCAGCAAAUAUGUGAAAUUCUUCGAAAUGUUAGGCCGAAAGCAGAGCUUAAAGGGGGAGCAGGUGUUGGCAGAUUAUGGCCCCGAAGAAUCUCUCAAUGAGAGCGCUGAUAUCGAAUGGGUGAACAAGCUAUGGGUGCGCAGAAUCUUACGGUUCUGUGCACUCUUAAGCUUGAUGUCAGUGUCUCUAAAUACACCAAAAACAUUUGAGAAACAUCCAAACCUGCAGAAUAUAACUUUUGGUGUUGAUUGCUGCGUCACCCUGCUGUUCACUGCUGAAAUGAUAGCCAAGAUGCACAUUCGGGGAAUAUUGAAGGGUGAUGUUGCAUAUUUGAAAGAUCACUGGUGUCAGUUUGAUGCGUCCAUGGUAUUCUUCCUGUGGGUGUCGGUGCUGCUGCAGAUGUUUGAGUUGACGGGCAUUGUGCCCCGCUACAGCUACCUGAGCAUUCUGCGGGCACCAAGACCACUCAUUAUGAUAAGAUUUCUCAGAGUCUUCCUGAAAUUCUCCAUGCCAAAAUCUCGUAUUAAUCAAAUUUUCAAACGUUCCAGCCAACAGAUUUACAAUGUCACUUUGUUCUUCCUUUUCUUCAUGUCACUGUACAGUUUAUUGGGAGUCCAGUUCUUUGGGGAGCUAACUCAUCAUUGUGUCAGGAACACUACCAAGCCCAAUGAAGUGACCAUCAAUUCUCUGGCAAUACCUGACACAUUCUGUUCCCCCGAGCCGGGCUCCGGCUACCAGUGUCCAGCGGGAAUGAAGUGCAUGAAGCUGAACCUCUCCAAAUACAUUAUGGGCUUCAAUGGCUUUGAAGAAUUUACUACCAGCCUCUUCACCGUGUAUCAGGCUUCCUCACAAGAAGGAUGGGUAUUCAUCAUGUAUCGGGCGAUUGACUCACUACCUACUUGGCGUUCGGCACUUUAUUUCAGCACUAUGAUAUUCUUCCUUGCUUGGCUGGUGAAGAAUGUGUUCAUAGCCGUCAUCACUGAAACAUUCAACGAGAUCCGAGUGCAGUUCCAACAAAUGUGGGGCGUGAGGAAUCCCAUCACUAAGGGGUCCACCACGCAGUUCUUCACAGGAGAUGAUAAUGGGUGGAAGCUUGUCACUAUUGAUGAAAAUAAGCACUCAGGUUCGGCACCAGAAAUAUUCCACAGGAUGUUGCGAUCGGCGUAUUUUCGUCUCUUAGUCAUGGGUGUGGUGUUAGCUAAUGGUAUUAUAACUGCUACGAUGAACUUCAAGCACGAUGGCAACCCAAGGGAGUUCUUUUACGAGAAAUAUUACUACAUUGAGAUCGCAUUUACGGUAUUUCUGGACUUGGAGGCGUUGAUAAAGAUAUGGUGUUUGGGCUGGAAGGGGUACUUCAAGCACUCCGUCCACAAAUUCGAGCUUCUCCUGGCGAUCGGGACCUCCAUACACAUCAUUCCGCAACUCUACAUGUCCGCCUUUACCUACUUCCAGGUUCUCCGUAUAGUGCGUCUGAUCAAGGCGUCUCCUCUGCUAGAAGGGUUCGUGUACAAGAUCUUCGGGCCCGGCAAGAAGCUGGGCAGCCUCAUCAUCUUCACCAUGUGCCUGCUCAUCAUCAGCUCGUCCAUUUCCAUGCAGAUGUUUUGCUUCCUGUGCGAGUUCACCAAGUUCGAGACGUUUCCAGAAGCGUUCAUGUCUAUGUUCCAAAUCCUGACGCAAGAGGCGUGGGUGGAGGUGAUGGACGAGACCAUGGUGCGCACGAGCCAGACGCUCACGCCGCUCGUCGCCAUCUACUUCAUACUCUACCACCUGUUCGUCACGCUGAUAGUGCUGUCGCUCUUCGUCGCAGUAAUUCUGGACAACCUCGAGUUAGACGAAGACAUAAAGAAGCUGAAACAGCUCCGCUACCGACAGCAGAGCGCCGAGAUCAAGGAGACGCUGCCCUUCCGACUGAGGAUAUUCGAGAAGUUUCCCGACAGCCCGCAGAUGACGAAGCUGCACAAAGUUCCUGGCGACUUCAAUCUGCCAAAGGUGCGCGAGUCGUUCAUGCGUCAGUUCGUGUGCGAGGCGGAGGGCGAGGAGGAGGGCGGGCCCGGCGCCGCCAUUAGUCUGCGCCCCGGUGGGGAGGUAAAUAUAUCACCAGUAAUACGACGCGCACUAGAAUAUUCUACUGGCGAGAAGAUAGCAUUCCCAUACCGCAAGCGUUCCUUGGUGAAGACGCUAGUGGUGGCGCCACCGUCGCAGCGACCCAGCUCCGCGCUCAGAAGACACGUUGUAGCCUCUAUUAUCAACGACUCGAACAACCACCGGCUGGUGCUGGGCGACUCGGCCAUGCUGGCGGCGGCCGGCAAGGCGGGGCUCAAGCCGCAGGGCACCAUCUCCAGCGCCAAGCAGCUCCGGGUCGACCAGAAGAACCGCUUCGGCUCCCGCUCGAUUCGGCGAUCAGUCCGCAGCGGCUCCAUCAAGCUGAAGCAGACUUACGAGCAUCUGUUAGAGAACGGCGACAUCGGAGCCGCGUCCCGAGUGGUGCCGUCGUCCCGCGCCCGCCCGCCCUACCUCGACAUACGCCUGCUGCAGGCCAAGCGGCAACAGGCUGAGAUGAGAAGGAACCAACGCGAAGAGGACCUCCGCGAGAACCACCCGCUGUUCGACACGCCGCUGCUGAUAGUGCCGCGCGAGUCCCGCUUCAGGAAGAUCUGCCGCGCCAUCGUGGACGCGCGGUACGACGCGCGCCUCCGCGACCCCGUCACGGGCAACGAGAGGAAAGUGCGCUACAAGAGCUUCCAUAACUUCCUGGGUCUCGUGACGUACCUGGACUGGGUGAUGAUCAUGGCGACCACGCUCUCGUGUCUCUCCAUGAUGUUCGAGACGCCCACCUACAGGGUUAUGGAGAACUUCGUCUUGCAGAUUGCAGAAUACGGCUUCGUAAUCUUCAUGAGUUUGGAGCUGGCGCUCAAGAUAUUGGCCGACGGACUGUUUUUCACUCCCAAGGCGUACCUGAAAGAUGCUGCAGCGGUUCUAGACGUAUUUAUUUAUAUUGUGUCGCUAACAUUCCUGUGCUGGAUGCCGCGCUCGGUGCCGCCGGGCUCGUGCGCGCAGAUGCUCAUGAUCCUGCGCUGCGUGCGCCCGCUGCGCAUCUUCACUCUGGUGCCGCACAUGAGGAAGGUGGUCUACGAGCUGUGCCGCGGAUUCAAGGAGAUCUUGCUGGUAUCAACGUUACUCAUUCUGCUGAUGUUUGUGUUUGCGAGUUACGGAGUUCAACUAUACGGUGGAAGACUGGCGCGCUGCAACGACCCGACCAUCACGCGGCGCGAGGAGUGCGUGGGCGUGUUCAUGCGCCGCGUGUUCGUCACCAAGAUGAAGCUGCGGCCCGGGCCCAGCGAGACCUUCCCCUCCAUGCUCGUGCCCCGGGUCUGGGCUAACCCGAAGCGGUUCAAUUUCGACAAUAUAGGCGAUGCCAUGUUGACGCUGUUUGAAGUUCUUUCGUUCAAAGGCUGGCUGGACGUGCGUGAUGUUCUUAUCAAAGCUUUAGGACCGGUGCACGCGAUCUACAUCCACGUGUACAUAUUCCUGGGCUGCAUGAUCGGCCUCACGCUGUUCGUGGGCGUGGUCAUCGCUAACUACUCCGAGAACAAGGGCACCGCGCUGCUCACUGUCGACCAGAGGAGAUGGUGUGACCUCAAGAAGCGGCUGAAGAUAGCGCAGCCGCUGCACCUGCCGCCGCGGCCGGACGGGCGCAAGGUCCGCGCCUUCGCCUAUGACGUCACGCAGAACCUCACCUUCAAGAGGAUCAUCGCCAUUGUGGUGCUGAUCAAUAGCGCGCUCUUGGCUGUUACGUGGUCUCUCGAAUCUCCAUACACGGAACAGCUGGCUCUGACAUCUGCGCUGCUAACUCUGGCCUUCGUAGUGGAAGUAUUAUUCAAGACGGUGGCGUUCACCCCACGAGGGUACUGGCAGAGUCGCCGCAACCGAUACGACUUGCUCGUCACCGUCGCCGGGUGUAUUUGGAUCUUUAUGCACUUCAUAUUGAAGAACGACCUAUCCUACUUCGUGGGCUUCAUGGUGGUCAUCCUCCGCUUCUUCACGAUCACGGGCAAGCACACGACGCUCAAGAUGCUGAUGCUGACGGUGGGAGUCAGCGUGUGCAAGAGCUUCUUCAUCAUCUUCGGCAUGUUCCUGCUCGUGUUCUUUUAUGCGCUCGCCGGGACUAUCGUGUUCGGGAAUGUUAAAUACGGGGAGGGGAUUGGCAGGCGCGCAAACUUCAACUCGCCCAUCCACAGCGUGGCCAUGCUAUUCCGCAUAGUAACAGGCGAGGACUGGAACAAGAUCAUGCACGACUGUAUGGUGGCGCCCCCGUACUGCACCCCGGCCGAUAACUACUGGGAGACGGAUUGUGGCAACUUCACCGCGUCGCUGGCCUACUUCUGCACCUUCUAUGUCAUUAUUACUUAUAUCGUGCUGAAUCUACUUGUGGCUAUUAUCAUGGAGAACUUUUCGUUAUUCUAUUCCAACGAAGAAGACGCGCUGCUAUCAUACGCGGACAUCAGAAACUUCCAGAACACGUGGAACAUCGUCGAUGUGCACCAAAAAGGCGUGAUACCGGUCCGAAAGGUGAAGUUCAUCCUGCGCCUGCUGAAGGGUCGUCUGGAGUGCGACACGCACAAGGAGCGGCUGCUGUUCAAGUACAUGUGCUACGAGCUGGAGCGCCUGCACAACGGCGAGGACGUCACUUUCCAUGACGUCAUCAAUAUGCUAUCAUACCGCACGGUGGACAUCCGCAAGUCGCUGCAGAUGGAGGAGCUGCUCGCGCGAGAGGAGUUCGAGUUCCUGAUCGAGGAGGAGGUGGCCAAGCAGACCAUCCGCACCUGGCUCGAGGGCUGCCUCAAGAAGAUCCGCGCCAAUAGCAGCAAACAACAAACGAGUCUGAUCGCGGGCCUGCGCAAGACGAACGAGCAGGCCGUGGACAACCUCACACAGGAGAAGGCUGAUAAAGAAAAAGCCGAAGCAGAAGCACAGCAAACCUCAGCCAACGCAGGACGCACAGAAAUCACUGAGUCGACUUCCCAACCUGUCAUGUCAAAUUUAACAUCAUCAUUUGAUUCCCAACCCAAACGCACAGUGACGAAGCCACCUUUCAAGCGGCCUGGCGUUCCAUCUGUCACAGCGCCAAGGCCUGAAAGCCCAAUCAAGAAAUACCUUCAGCCGACAUUGAGUGACCCGCAUCCCGCCAUGACUAAGAAAACAAGCACGGUGAUAAAAGCGAGCAAGCCGUCCCCCUCCCCCGCGCGGGACGAGGCGCCCCCGCGCUGCGCCGUGCGCGACGUGACCGCGUGGUGGAGCGCGCAGCUGGCGGCCGCGCCCGUCGGAGACUGAUGCAGGGUUGUGGAGGCGAGGGACCGCGGCUGAGAGAGUGUCCAUAUACCCACUUGUUAUGAA